CUCUCUCUCUACAAUCUAUUCUCUCCUUCUCUCUUCUCCCCAAAGGUGCAGGUAUCUUCUUCAACCUGCUCCCCAAUUACAAGCACUCACUCUUUCUCUCUCUAAAAUUGGUGGUACUCUGUUCUCCCUGCUUCCUACCCACAAGAAAUCUCUCUCUCUCUCAAGCUUGCUCUCUUUCUCUCUCUAGGAAUUGAUACUUUCUGCUUCCUGUUUCCCAUCUGUGACUACUCUCUCUCUCUCUCUGGCUCUCUCAUGGCAUCUGCAAAAAUACUUGCACCGAACGCACCGAUCGCCUCGCCGGACCUCCGUCUCUCACGUCCUCACCGAACCCAGUUGGAUUGGCCCCGUCUCGACCUACAACCCUCACUUUAUGCCCCCAUCUCCACAUCAACCCCCACCGAGACGCUAAAACCAGUUGAGCCCAAAGUGUCGAACCCGAGCCCACCUCCUGAGCCAUGGCACAUGACCCAUGGCUCGGACAACUGGGACAAUCUCCUUGACCCACUUGACCCAAGCCUAAGAUCCGAGCUGAUUCGAUACGGCGAAUUCGUGGAUGCGUGCUACAAGGCCUUCGAUCUGGACCCCAACUCUAAGAGACACUGCAACUGCAAAUACGGUCGUACCCAGCUGCUCGAUAAAGUGGGUCUCCAAAAUUCAGGUUACGAGAUUACCAAAUACAUAUACGCGUCGGCGGACAUCAAUUUCCCAAUUGGGGUGAGCCCCGCCUGCAUGGGACGGUGGGUGGGCUAUAUCGCAGUAUCGACCGACAGCUCGGUGCGCAAGCUUGGCAGAAGGGACGUAAUAGUGGCUUUCAGAGGAACAGUCACUCGAAGUGAAUGGUUAGCUAAUUUUAUGAGCUCGUUGACGCCGGCUAGGCUCGACCCACAUAACCCGAGGCCCGACGUAAAGGUCGAGUCAGGGUUCCUGAAUCUUUACACAAGCACCGACGAAUCCUGCAAGUUCGGACUCGGCAGCUGUCGAGAGCAACUCCUGUCUGAGAUUUCCAGGCUCAUUAGUAAGUAUGGUUCUGAGGAAGAGAUGAGUAUAACCCUAGCUGGACACAGCAUGGGAAGCUCAUUAGCCAUGCUUUUGGCAUAUGAUAUAGGGGAAUUAGAGCUUAAUAAGCCCAUAAAUGGAGGUGUGGAGAUACCCAUCACAGUUUUCUCUUAUGGAGGGCCUAGGGUUGGGAACCAUGGGUUUAGAGAGAGGUGUGAGGAACUUGGGGUGAAAGUUUUGAGAGUUGUGAAUGUUAGUGACCCUAUAACAAAGUUGCCUGGUAUGUUUUUCAAUGAGAAUUUUACUGUUUUGGGGGGUGAUAACUGCUAUACUCAUGUGGGUGUAGAGUUGCCUCUUGAGUCCCUCAAUGGGAAGAGCUUCUCUUGUGUGCAUGACUUGGACACAUAUUUAGGGUUGUUGAGGUGCCCCACAAAGAAAGUGAAGAAGGGAGAGCUCAUGGAGAGGGCAUGUGGCUUCUUCAAGAGACAGAAGCUUGAGUCUUGGUCAUGGCAACACAUGGCCACCCUCCUCCAAUAUCCGAGAUUUUGACAUGGGACACACCCUUUUGGCCUUUUUUUUCCUUGGACUAAGAACCUCCGACCUAGGUCUUGUACAUUCACUCUCUCUCCUGUUUAAUUUUUUUCUCUCUCCUUGCCAUUUAUUAUGAGGCAUUGUUUUUCUUCUCCAAUAUGAGAAGCUUGUAACUUCAAGAGACACGUUACUAUUUGUUAGAUAGAGAGAGACUUUUGAAACAACCAUGAAAGUUCCUGUUUGUUUCAAUGGGAAUUCAAACAUUGUACCAUUAUUUGUACUAUAUGAGAUGACUAUAAGUGCAUAGUUUGAUUAUCUAAGUGCCAGCCUUUUUA